GUGUGCGUUAGCCGGGACGAAACCAAAUUUCUGCGAUGAGUUUUGGCUAAAAAGUGAUUUAGUUUUAAGUUUACUACAAAUACACAUACAAUAUGGAACAGAUUAACAGAGGCAGUGCAAGGAGAUCAUGUUCCCCAGUUCAGUCUGCUCAUGUGAGGAUUAUGCUUACAUUUUUCAAGCACGACCCUUAUUAAAGUCUGACCACUUCUGGACAUUUAAGCAUAGCAUAGGAGGUCAUCUAAUAUUUUUAAGUGUGUUAGGGCGAUGUCUGAUUUCAUGCAAGUGAACUGUAUCCUACCAUUAACGGGUUUUAAGGAGCUCUCAUUUUUUAAAACCGAAAUGCCUUCUGACUUUUUGUCAUUGAUUUUUUUAUCAAAAAUCUCAUUUUCAGAACAAUCAUAUUUUAACCUAAUGGAUAAUGUACACUAUAAAACAAAGAAAAGAAUGUGGACCAUCAAUGCAAUAGUAACAUUUACAUUUCAUUUCUAUAUAAACAAAAACAUUGUUUCAAAUUCAAGAAAAAAAGUUGUAUUAUGGAAAAGCAGGAAUAUCUUAUCUCUUCAUCAACUGUUUUGUUGAUCUCCUCUAUACUUCCUGUUUGCUCCAUAUAAACACUAUACAACUAAGGAGCCUCACAGAGGCCUCUCUUCAUUCAGACUGCUUUGCUUGCCUCACAACAGACAUUUCUGCUCUGGAAUUGUAUUCCCUGUUGUACUCUGCACUGAGGCUUCAGACUAAUUCUGUACUUUGAAAAUGGUUUAGUCAGGCUUACAUAGCCUGUAAGAUCUUUUUUUUUCCACCUCUGUAUAUUACUCUACAAAAAGGUCUGAUACUACAUGUAAACUCUCUGUUACACUAAUUAUGUGGCAGUGCAAACCAGUCCAGGCACGACGUCAGUGCUGUGGUUAUGUAGUCAGAAUGCUAGUGAGAGAAGGGGGCCUUUCACUGGCACAGGAGACAGGCUGAGGCGGGGUCAUGCAGCACUUAGAGCUCUGAGGAUCUUGCGAUCGGGAGUCCCAGACAAGAACCUGCUGUACUUAGCUUGAUGCAGCAAGCACAGUGCUGUGGCAGGGGACAGCAGCGAUGGCAGUGCAUGAAACCAGCAGUGGCAGAAGAAUUUUGGACAUCUGAGGAGAGUCUGGCAUUCAGAAGCAAACGAUUCAGCAUGCUGUUCCAACUCCUCUGCCUUGUCUCAGCAGUUCUCUGCUCUUUUUCGGCAACAGUUCCCUCUGCGGUGCUCGUGAGCAGAGACGAGGCUCACGGCGUCCUGCGGCGGCGCCCGCGGGCCAACGCGGGCUGGCUCGAGGAGCUGAAGAUGGGGAACCUGGAGCGGGAGUGCAUGGAAGAGAAGUGCUCCUACGAGGAGGCCAGAGAGGUGUACGAGCACGACGAGGCCACGAAUGAGUUUUGGACAAACUACAAUGUUGAAAAGCGCUGUGAAUCAAAUCCAUGUCAGAACAACGGAACCUGUGUGAAUUCUCAAGAUGCAUACACUUGCUUCUGUCCUGAAGGCUUCAAUGGGAGGAAUUGCGAAGAAGCAAUUGAAGACACCCUCAAAUGUCUUUACCUGAACGGAGGGUGUGAGCACUUCUGUAACGACACCGGGGGCCAGAGGAGCUGUGAGUGUGCGCAGGGCUACGCUCUCGGCGAGGACGGAGAGACGUGCGAGCCCCAGGAUCUGUACCCCUGUGGUAAAAUCCCCAUUCUAAAGGAGGACCAGUCUGCAAAGACGGACAAGUCUAGUGACUCACGUGGCAGGAUUGUUGGUGGAACAGAAUGUCCUAAAGGCCACUGUCCUUGGCAGGUGCUCUUGGAAUAUAAUAAGAAACCAUUCUGCGGAGGAGUGAUACUGACACCAUACUGGGUCAUCACUGCCUCUCACUGCCUGGAGAAGCUGAAGGCGGCGUAUCUCAAAGUUGUCGCAGGUGAACACAACAUUGACAAGAAGGAGGGCACAGAGCAGACCAUCCAGGUGGCAAAGGUCAUCAUGCACAAGAAGUACAGGGUACAGAACACGGACAACGACAUCGCCCUGCUGAAGCUGCAGGAGCCCAUCGUCUACUCCGCCUACGCCGUGCCCAUCUGCCUGCCCCAGAAGGAGCUCUCCGAGCGGGAUCUGGCGGCCAUCCGCUUCUCCACCGUCAGCGGCUGGGGCCAGAUGAGUGAGAACGGCCCCAUUUCUCCCGUCCUCCAGAUGCUGGAGGUGCCCAGGCAGAGGUCUCAGGACUGCAGGGAGCAGAGUAAGAUCAACAUCACCGACAACAUGUUCUGCGCCGGCUACUUUGAUGGCAAACAGGACUCCUGCAAGGGCGACAGUGGGGGGCCCCUGGUCACCAGGUACAAGAACACCUGGUUCCUGACGGGCAUCGUCAGCUGGGGGAAGGGCUGUGCACGGCCUGGCUACUAUGGGAUUUACACCAGGGUGUCAAACUACCUGGACUGGAUUCAGCAGAACACAGCCACACAAAGCCUCAAGGGCAAUGCUACUGUCAUCUGAAGAGCUCACUGCUACUGUCAUCUGAAGAGCUAACUGCUACUGUCAUCUG